UAAAAGCUAGGCUAGAAAUCACCCUAAACAAUUUUUUCCCCUCUCAAGUAAAAUAAAAAAUAAACCUAAGUUUGGAGCAAAGGUAGGUGUUUUACGAGACAAUAUUGGGUUAUGGUAUUCAUUUGGAUAAAGUUUAGAAAUAUUUUCGCCUCAUGUCAUUAAAAAUAUUUAAUAUUUUUUAUGAAGUUUCAACUUAAAAUAAAUAUUGGCUGUUGUUUUUAUUCAUUUGCUCUGCCCUCCCAUCCUUCAAAAUAAAGUUGAAAUAUUUCUUAUAGGAUUAGAACAAGUAGGGACUGGACAAACGGAACUUGAGAUUUAGCUUCUUCAUUCUCAGGUAGUCCUUUGUUGUAUUUUUAAGAAAGGUAACAAAGUACUUGCGAACGGAUUAUUUAUUAUUGCUAUAAACUUUGAUUCUAUGAUUCACUAACCUUUAGCUCUGCUGUUUGCCAUUGUUGUAAUCAUCAAGUUAUAAACAUAAUUAAUGCACUGUUGGUUGCACUUGUACUGUAUCGACAGUCUGGUAACUUAUGCACACAACCUGUUUGAUUAUUUGCUCAUUAGACUUUUAUCCCUCUAUGCUUCAAAUAGGUAACCUUUUAACUGUAGCCAGAAGCAGACUUAGGAUGUUAAGCCCGUCCAUGGUGGAGUACCACCCAUCUAUACCACUAUUUAGUGUCGGUGGGUGACAAUGCUGACUUAGUUCAAUACAUUUUUGUAAAAGUGGGCUAGUAGUACUGUGCUCAACAAUUCAACAUCAAUGUUAUGGCUUCUACAGUUGACUUUGUUUAACUACAUUUUGAAUGUUAUGCUAGUCUUUUUCUGUUUGUCUUUUAGUUAUGUACAUAAGAAUAUGGAGUGGAUGUUUUCUAUUUUGUGUUUUGUAGAAAGGAGUUUGAUAAAAUCUGUUCUUAAUUUUGAUUGGUGUUAUCGACAGGUUUUUUAUAUUAGGAGUUAUCCCUAAUAGAGAUUUUGAUUUUCCAGGCGAAGUAGUUAAGCGAGGGAAGAUGGUCAUCCAUUCUGCAUUAAAUCUUAACUUUUGUGCUAUUUCAUCACUCUCUGCACUCAAAGCAGGGCAACAUUGUAGUUCUUGCUCUUUUUCUAACUUCCUAUUGCCGCCUCCUUUGAAACGUUUGACUUGCUUUGCCACUUCAAAAAAGUCUGAAGAGGAACAUGUGUCUGAUCCUAAGAAUAACUCUGGUUCAAGGUCUAGAAAAGCUAUAAGGUCCCGGGAAAGUAAAGUAACUCAUAACGAAGACAAAGAUUCUGCCAAGAUCUUCCCAUCAACAAUCCCUAAAAAGCCAAGGCGUGGUCGCAGGAGCGAAGCAGCUGCAGUUGAGGAUUUUGUUCGUGAUUCAUUAGAAAAGACAUUUGCCUCUAUCCGAGAGCAGAACUCUGAUAUGAUGAAAGAUACCGAGAAUAUCCUCAAAGAUAGGGUUGAUGAUGACACUGAGUCUGAUGAAAGUAGUGAUGAUGAAGAUGACAGCAGUAGGGAUAAGAAAGAAAAGAAAAUGAUCAUUGAGGAGGAGGAUCCAAAUUGGCCUCUGGAUGCAGACGUUGGAUGGGGAAUUAGAGCAUCAGAGUAUUUUGACAAGCAUCCAAUAAAAAAUGUUAUAGGAGAAGAUGGAGUUGAGAUCGAUUGGGAGGGGGAGAUUGAUGAUUGCUGGGUGAAGGAAAUCAAUUGUCUUGAGUGGGAGAGCUUCGCUUUUCAUCCCAGUCCCCUCAUUGUACUUGUUUUUGAGAGAUACAAUCGGGCUAGUGACAACUGGAAAGCUCUUAAGGAGCUGGAGAAAGCAGCCAAGGUGUAUUGGAGUGCCAAAGAGCGCUUGCCUCCUCGGACUGUGAAGAUUGACAUUAAUAUUGAGAGGGAUCUAGCCUAUGCGCUUAAAGUCAAAGAAAGUCCACAGAUAUUGUUCUUACGAGGAAACAGGAUACUAUACAGGGAAAAAGAAAUUCGUACAGCUGAUGACUUGGUUCAAAUGAUAGCAUAUUUUUACUACAAUGCGAAAAAACCUUCAUGCAUUGAUGAUGCAGCUUUAUCUCAACAGUCUUAGUCAACGGAGCACGUCGCAGAUUAAGAAAGAGGCAGUGGAGCAUGGAUCUAUCCCUGUAUAACUGGAACCAAUUGUGGUCGUUUUGUCACUGGAAAACAAUUGACCAAUUGAGGGCAGAACCUUAGAAGAAUGACUGGUUGAAACGAGAUCAUGGUACUGCUCGCUUGAUGCUUGCAGGUGCUGAUGUAAUUAGCAAGUGGAAGGUUGAAGAAAAAGGUUAUAUCCUAUAAUGUGCUUAAAUUAGUGCCACAUUUAUUACUAUAUAGAAGAGGAUAGUUGGAAAGAGAACACUCAGUUGCAUGAUCUUACUUUAGUUCUAUUUGCUUGUUUACAUAUCAUACUAGCCCUAGAUGUCUAUAAAUUACUUUCUGUAUUUAAUUAGAAAAGUUCAUGCAUCUUCUGUUACUUGUAUCUUGACCUUGCUGGCUAUAACUAAAUUAGAGUUAUUGUUUUCGGGGGA